AUGCAGUUUGCCAUCAUACUGGAGCGAGACGGGGUGUUGGAUAAUCUCCUGCACCGAGUGGUCUUGGGGACACCGCCCGAGGGCCUCCUCUUUCCCUACUCGCUCGUCGACUACAGGCAUCGGCUCAGGCAGUUUGCAGCGGCCCUGGGCCUCGACAUCCACUGGGCGCCCCACUCGGCGCGGGCGGGCUUUGCUAGCGAUUCCGCGGCUCGUGGCAUCCCCUUCCAGGAGAUCAAGGAGGCAGGACGGCGGCUCACCGAGUCCAGCCUCCGCAUCUACGUGGACGUUGUUACCGCGUCCAGGGCCCUGGCACAGGCUGAGCAGCGAGGAAUCGCAUCGCUCGUCCGCGAGGCGGCCAAGAAGCUACCCAGCUACUUCCCGAAGGGCAUCUUCGGCGAGAACGAGGGCCGCAAGCAUGCCGCCGUCUGGCUGGCGCAAGGGGGAGGACGGGACCUGGGUGCUUCCAGUGCCUGGGCGCCCGCCAGCCCCACUGGCGGGGGGCCGCCGCCAGCGCUGCCGCCAGUGCCGGGCCUGGGCGAGCUGGUGGACGGGAUCAUGGCGGGGCCGCCGCAGCUGGGGGAUGCAGCAGCGGGCGCGGGUGCGGCCGAGGCCGAGGCGCCAGCGCCAGCGAACCUGGUCGCGCUGCAGCCGAUGGCCGCGCGUCCGCAGGCGGCGGGCGCGGCGGCAGGGCAGCGGCGCGCGGGCGUCAGCGGCUGGGCGCUGGUGCGCGCGGCCUGGAGCACCGCAAGGUGGUGCGGGCGCUCGACCACACGAGGCGUGACGUGGGCGGCGGUCGCCGGCUGGCUGAUCGCGUGUCUGUACGUGGCAGGGCCGAUGGCGCACUUCGGGACCAUGAUGGGCGUCGCGGCGAGCGUGUCGGUCUCGGCGGGGGAGGUGGUCGACCACAGCCUCGGAGCAGCGAUCACGGCUGCUCAAGGCGUGUCCGACUUCGCCGUGACGCCGACGCGCCACUCGGCGAACAUCCUGCAGGAGGCGUGGCGAGGCGUGGACAUCACCGAUCUCAAGGUCCACCAGCGCCACGCCGAGAGCAUCGCCGACGACCCCACGCUCUUGCAGGAAUGGGUCUUUCGAGAGCUCUUGUCAGUGGAGCCGCGGCCGCCUGGUGCCGAUCAGGUGGCCAGCGCGAUCGCUGAGGCUUCGGUGACACUGCCACGCGCAACAGAGAGCUGGCAGAUGCUGGUGUGGCCAGGUCAGCACAGAGAGUUCCACAUGACAUACGACCUACUGUCUACAGGAUUUUACGGCGUCCAUGUUGGUGAUCGCAUCGUGAAUUUCAGCGUUCAGUGGUCGAAGCCUUUGUGGAGCGGCCUCGAGUGCGACCUCGGCUCGGAGAGGGACACCAUUCUCCUUCUCAUCAACUCGACCCUGGCCAAACUCCCCCUCCCCGCGAUCCGCUAUAUGUCGAUGAGCGACCGCGAGAUCGAGCUAGCCAAGCUCCCGGGGGCCUGGAUCAACAUGACUC